UUAGGCUUAAAUAUCAAAGACACAUUGAUUAUUGAAACGGCGGACAUCUGGUGGCGCGUAGUUACUCGUGAGAAUGUCGUUGUCAAAGUAUAUUUCCCCUCCGUUGACCUCUCUCCCGCUAUGCUUACCCCGUUAUUAUGGAGGUGUGAUUCUAGUGGGUGUAAGCGCAUUCGGGUUAAACCUUUACUUCGCCCGCCGAGUAAUGCAAGCUCGCAAAGAGCACAAUGUUGAGUUGCCUAUAAUGUAUCACCCUACAGACAAAUUAUUUAACUGCAUCCAAAGGGGUCAUCAAAAUUAUCUAGAAGUUCUCCCCUUUUUUCUCAUGGCGUUGUUUGUGGGUGGUUUGCGUUACCCGCGGAUGUAUACUGCAUGUGGUGCGGUAUUUCUUCUUGGUCGCCUGCUAUACUUUCAGGGGUAUUCAACCGGAGACCCAGCAAAGCGUUAUAAAGGCGCUGUUUCCAUGGCCGGCGGAUUCCCAAUGAUUAUGGGGUUGCUAGUUUUCGGUGUUCAACACUUGAUGGCCAGUAUAAGGUGUACGGGUUGUGCAUUGCGUAGUUGAGGGAAGUUGGGUUACAUGUAACAACAUUCAUAAAUAUUUAGUAGACAGCUAUUUUUAUCAUUGUCAUGCAUGCAUUUAGAAUAAAACGAUAUUUCACAG